UCUGCAGUGGAGCAUGCAGCGUUAUUCUGCUAGGUUAAGUGCGGCACAAUCUAAUUACUCUAAUGUCGGUUGCGGUCUUAAAUCACACUUAUUGGGUAAGUGCGCCCGUUUGUCUGUCCUUCAGAAGGGAAGCUGCUCCGCUCUGCUCUCGGACUAAUUAUUCCAACUGGAUAUGAGCAAUUGCACUUAUUGGCUAGGGCAUGGCACCGGCUGCCUGCGCUCCCAUUCGUUGCCAGUGAAGUCUGCGUGCGAUUGGGUCCUGGGAAGGAGUGGGAGUGGCGUUCUCUCUUUCCUCCCUGUGCUGGAGCGUGUGUGGAUGUGAGCACUCUUUUCUCUCCUAUUAUUUGAGUGGCUGCAGGUACUGGUGUCUGCCUCUUUGCCUCUGUGCCAGAGGGAUAAAGAGGGAAAGACAGAGGACUAGUGCUUCAUAUCCCCCUCUGGCCUCCCCGUCUCCCUGCUCCCUGUCACUCCAUCCUUCCUUCCUCCCUCCCGGACCACCCGUCAGCGGCUGGAUCAACCCGCCCGGACCCUCCUCCCACAACCCCUUUGACUAUCCUCACUUCACCGUCCCGUCUUGUGAACUGAGUGCAGGAAUUUCUGGUUACUGGGAGCUGAAGACAGGACUUUGGCAGUGCAGUCACAGACAAUCUUGGUUUGGAAGAGCAGAAGAGAACCUUUAAAUAUAAAUUUAAAAGUAAACCUCCUGUACAGAGAAACAGUAAGGAGUUGCUCAGGGUGAGGUACACUGGACAGACGGAACUCUCCCAAGUCUUCUGGAAGUGUGGCAGCACGUGGUCACAUGACCUGGAAGAGAAAACCCAAGAGACUUCUGGGAUCCCUCUCUGAAUGGGCCGGUUAUCAACCUGGAAAGAAGUCUAAAGGCUGAUGAACUGAUCCGCACAGCGACACAGCUGCGCUCUCUUCCCCUCUUCGUCUGGCCAAUCUCUCCAUUUAUGUCCUGAGAUCCACAACUUUCUGCAACUCUGGUGACUGGUUGGCUGCUGUACCAUCAUUCUCGUCCUACUCCUGGGGAUUUCCUGUCACGUGACCAUAUUCCUGCUUCACCUCCACUCCUAGUAUGGAACCCAACAAAGUCCAGUCAGAGGGUGGGCUGAAUGUGACCCUGACCAUCCGGCUUCUCAUGCACGGCAAGGAAGUUGGAAGCAUCAUUGGAAAGAAAGGGGAAACUGUGAAGAAGAUGCGUGAAGAGAGCGGCGCUCGCAUCAACAUCUCAGAAGGAAACUGUCCUGAGAGGAUCGUCACCAUCACUGGACCCACAGAUGCCAUCUUUAAGGCCUUCGCUAUGAUCGCAUACAAGUUUGAAGAGGAUAUAAUCAACUCCAUGAGCAACAGCCCAGCCACCAGUAAGCCCCCUGUCACUUUGCGCCUCGUGGUGCCCGCCAGUCAAUGUGGCUCCCUCAUUGGCAAAGGAGGCUCAAAAAUCAAAGAGAUGAGAGAGUCCACAGGAGCUCAGGUGCAGGUAGCAGGGGACAUGCUGCCUAACUCCACAGAGCGCGCAGUGACAAUCUCCGGCACCCCAGAAGCCAUCAUCCAGUGUGUCAAACAGAUAUGUGUGGUCAUGCUGGAGUCCCCACCGAAAGGUGCCACCAUUCCCUACCGCCCAAAGCCCGCCUCCACCCCCGUCAUUUUUUCAGGUGGCCAGGUAAGAGCCGACCCGCUGGCGGCGUCCGCAGCCAACCUCAGCCUUUUACUGCAGCACCAGCCACUGCCUGCCUACACAAUUCAGGGACAAUAUGCCAUUCCACACCCAGAUUUGACCAAGCUCCACCAGUUGGCUAUGCAGCAAACCCCCUUUACCCCCCUCGGACAGACCACCCCUGCUUUCCCUGGUCUGGAUGCAAGUCCCCCGGCCAGUACUCAUGAACUCACCAUUCCCAAUGAUCUAAUAGGCUGCAUAAUCGGGCGCCAGGGAACCAAAAUCAACGAGAUCCGUCAGAUGUCUGGAGCACAGAUCAAAAUAGCUAAUGCCAUGGAAGGGUCAUCAGAGCGCCAGAUCACCAUUACAGGAACCCCCGCCAACAUCAGCCUUGCCCAGUACCUCAUCAACGCAAGGUUCAGAGACGUGGCCGCCAUGUGGAAUGACCCCUCAUCAAUGACUACAUCCUGAAGCACCAAACUGCUUUCAUUAUCUGAAGCUAUCAGCAGCUGAUUCCUAAUAUACAUAUAUACAAUCUUCCCUUAGAACUCACCAACCUUUCCCUUAAACCCCAUGGUCAACUUCAUCAGUAGCUACGUUCAUGUAGGCAGACUACUGACAUUUAAAAAACAAAAGCAGGACAACUAUAGUAUGAUUUGUUCAUGUUAAUGCAGUGUUUUAGUGUAGUAUUUUAGCAUGCCGAAUGCUUGGAUCUUGUUAUAUAUUUAUUUAUUAUUUUAAAUUUGUUAGAUUAGUUCAGUAUGGUUGCUGCAUAAGUCUUGUAGUUUGGCAGCAAAGAUUUAAAAAAAUGCAAAAAGCAGAUUGCAUCCAAUAGCAUUUUCUAGCAAUGCUGUUGGCAAGGAGCUAGUGAUGUGAUGCAGAUGUUGUAAAGAAGUACAAAUGCAUGUCAGAAUCGAGGAGGUGCUGGAAACUGUGUUUCUUUAGAAGCGCAAGAGAUUUUAUUUUUGCAUUUGAUGGGAGCUUGAUUGUUUUCAGCUUAACCGUAUCGACAGUAAUGCAUGCUUAUUACUCGACGCGGAGAGCAACAAGGCGGAAAAAGCUAUCAUUCUUGUACAGAAGUGUCAAAUGCUUUCAGAAUUAUUUUAUGUUAUCUAUUUUUUCUAUCUUUUCCUUACCCCUCCCCUUUUUCCUCUUCCCUUAACUAUUCUAGGCUGACGUCUGAGGUCACUGGAAUGGGCACUCUCUAAUUUCUACCCAUGAUCCUUCACUGCAUCACAUGACCCUUGAGCCAAUGGCAUUGCACCUAGUUUGUUUUCUCUCUGUACUUUUGCUGUCCUGUAUUUUCAGUAAUUCUGACUAAUUUCUAUUCUAUAAUGUGCACAUAUUUCAAAUCUCAGUUUGCUGUUCCUCCUACUCAGCCUUUGUUGUGCUCCCGAUGGUCCUGCUUUAUAAUUAUUUUCACAGACACUUUCACUUUUUUUUGACUCUCUAGUACCUCAUGUCACCGGUGUUCUGUUUUCCAUCGCUUUCACUGUGAAUUCACGUUUUCCGGUCCGUAUUCUGUGGUGUGGUACAGCAAAGCCAAUGAAAUCCUUCACUUUCCAAUCUUUCAUUAGGUCAGAUUGAGUUUAAAGCAGCGGUCCUGUGCUUUGCUCCAGGGCUUUGCUCACUGGGAAACUUACAACAGUGCGUCUCAUACAUGAAUAAUGAAACCAACUGAUGGAGUUGGAAUGUUUGCACCACGCCUGUACGAUUUGUUUGCAUCUGUCAUUGUGGCAUGCGGAGUAAAACAGAGAAUCCAUUAUUAGCUUCUUGUAUUCACUUUCAGAACCGAGAGGAGGAAGAAAAUCAGUGUGAAAACAAACAAUAUGAGGAUGUAUAAGCCGCUCUCUCAACUUUACUGCAUGCUGAGACAUUUCAAUUCAGCCCACAAUCUUAAGUUUAAGUAAUUGAAUAUAUCACAGCAGAAUUAUUUAUAGGAUAUUUUUAUAUGCGACGUGUUUUUGCAGUAGUAUGAGAAAUACAGUGGCUUUAUUCCUUUGGAAGUGAAUACAGAUGUGCUGAUAAUGAAAUCCACCCCAUGCUCCUCUACCAUACGCUCUCUCUGUGAGUAUGGUAAACUCUCAUGAAGGGUACAAAAUGAACUUUUUGCCACUCCUCAACAUUUUGGAUGAACAAUGUUACCUGCCAUAAAACUGUAUUUUGCAUUAUUAUUGGGAUAUGCAGAGGCCUCGUUCAUAAAAACACUUACGAUCGGAUUUGAUUUCAUCUUAAGUCAAACAUGAGCAACAAAUCGAGAUUUAUAAAGGCAAAAGCAAAUGUGAAUUUAAGAUGAACUGCAAUUUAUGAAGUGGGAUGGAUUUAGGAAAAUAUAUUGGCUCAUAAUCAUUAAUAAUAAAUCAUUAUAAAUAAUUUUACAUGUAUAUUAUAUAUAUAUAUAUAUAUAUAUAUAUAUAGAAUACACACACACACACACAUAUAAUUAAAUAAUUAUAUACAUUUAUUAUUAUUUCAAAAUAAGAAAUUGUUAAAUAAUUAAUUAUUAAUUUCUAUUUUACAAUUAAAAUAUAUAUAUAUAUAUGUAUGUUGAAUUCAAGCUGAACUGCAAUUUAUGAAGUGGGAUGCAUUUAGGAAAAUCUUUUGUGAAUAUUGACAUUUUAUGAAUCAUUUGCAGGAACAUAUAUUAAAGUAAUUAAAAUAAUCCAACAUUGUUGAUUCAUUCAUAGGUACAUUUUGAAAUUUGUCGUACAUUCACAUUACACGCAUGUCUUUAUAAACGAGGCCCCUGAUUUCAUAUUACAAACCUAUUCAAUUUCAAUCAAUUUUUACUCACACUUGGCAGUUGGUGAGUGUUCAUUCUGGACCCUUUCCUCAUGCGUCCAGCAGCACACUUCAUUCUGACAGUGUUUUCCAUAUUGCUCUCCAAAACCAUAUUUGUCAGUCAAACUGAAAAGACAUGCACAAGCUCUGCAUGCGUCAGACGAGACUAAGGUCGUUCUCCACUGACAGCUUCUGAAACAUGUGCACGCACAGUCGACACAGCUGCCAUGGCCAUAUUUCUGCUACAUACCAAUACGACAGAGCGCUUUGUUAUUUUCCCUAGUCCACUCUUCAGUAAUUAGUCAGGAUCAUUUGUAUCUCGGGCUCUGGAAUGUUCACGGAUUUUGGCCAGACUUUCAAAAGUGAUGGCAGAUUUAGUACCCUGGUCUGCUCUUAAACAUGAUUGUUUAUUGAUAACAGUUGUUUAGCUUCAGUUAAGGCCACUGUGUGUUUUUAUUAUUAUUACUGAUACCCAUGAUUCUUGAGUGUGUCUCCUCCUGCUGAUGUAGCCUUUACUGAUCAGCUCUAAUAAUAUUUUUCUCACAUGCAAAAUUUGAUUGACUUUAAGCUAUUUAUGUUGCAUGUUUUGCUGUGAAUAAUUAUUAAGACAGCCUGUGUACACUAUUAAUGAUUCCUUCCCGUUAUUUUAUCCAUCUGACCAGUUUUUUUUUUUUUUGAAGAUGUGUGUAAUUUCUGCAGCACAAAACAAUCUGCGGCCUGACUGGCAUGAGAUGUUGAAAUAAAUGUGAAGAUGCUCUGGGUCGGUAAUGGUACAUGCAUCUCAUAAAGCAAUUAUAUAAGAACCCCAAUGACAUUGAAGUGCUUUUCAAGUCUGGAGACCUUACCAAUGAAUGUGUAGUGCCGUAACCCCAUCUGUUGUAUUGUAAAUACCUGUGGAGAAAUUAUUGUGGGUUGUAUAUUUGGAGAUGCUACAAAAAAUGAGUUACCUCCCUCUAAAAUGAAUAUGUCAUACCAUGCAUGUUGAAGAUUAGCAGCAAGGCACUUGAUUUGUUCUGUUUCCACAUAAAACCUGUUUAGUUAUCCUUUGACUUCCAUUCAGACAGACAGGGGAAUGAUUGAAGUCAUUAUUUUUGCAAUUUUAUUUGUUGCUGCUAGUUGCGCAGAAAUUACACACUUCAAUUCUCGCCCCAGCAAAACUGUCAGUGUUGUGUUGCUAUAGUUAAGCAAUUUAUUUCCAGUACUGAAGCCCUCUGAUUAAGCUCUGAAAGUUUUCCCAAUUUUUCCUGAAGAUUGCGACCAAGCUGAUGUCAUGUUGAGUUCCCAUUUUAUCCAAAUCGGAACUUUUUCAGUCAGCAAUCAAUAUGUAUUUCAUCCUCCACAUUUAAAUGUGUAAAAUGUGGUAUUGAGGCUGAAAGUUGAAUGUAACUGCUUCAACGUGAUUCAUUAUUCAACCUCUAGUUUAACUUUCUUGGCAUUUUCAAAUUGCAUGGUUUUUACAUGAGAAUAUGUAAUCAUGCACUAGAAGAAACAAUUUUUUUUCACAGUCUUACAACAGAAAAUUAUGGAAACUGUUUCCACCACAGGAUAAAAUUGCGAUCUCACAAUUUGGACUUUUUUUCCCUCAUAGUUUUGAGUUUAUUUCUUAUCAUUUGAACAUUUUAUUCCUCAGAAUUGAGAUAUAAAUUGCAGUUCUGAGAAGAAAAGUCUGAAUUGUGAGAUAAUGUAAUUUACAAGAAAAAAAAAGAUCUAUUUUUAUGUAAACUCGGAAUUCUCUAAUAAAAAAGCCAGAAUUGUUAGAUUUAAACUCCGAAUUCUGAGUUUAUAUCUUUUUUACAUUGCAAGAAAAGAGUCUGAAUUGUGAUAUAAAAGUCACUUUUUAUGUUUUAUUCCUAGGCGGAAACAAUCUUCCAUAAAAAAUGCGUUCUUAUUUAUUUAAUCCGGUUCAAAAGCAUGCAUUUGCAAAGCAUUGAAGUUAUAAAGUUCUAUAUUUCUAUAUUUCUAUUUGGUAUCUGUUAAGCAGUAUCACUGCAGUCAAAUCACAGAUAUGCACCCAAGAGUUAAUUUACACCAAAAUCUAACAUUUUAUGUUUUAAUGUCUAUUAUGAGCACAGAACUUUUAUAAUAUUGGACUUGUAAAGGUAUGCACAUGGUCAUGCUGAGCCAUCCGUGCACAUGGCCGGAAAUGAUGUCAUACUGUUGCUUUAAAAUAGCUCAUUUAUCUGGAAUUAUUCAACACAUUUUGUUGGUGUUUUAGAUUCAGCGUCGUCGCAUUUACCAUAUGUUUUGCACUGCUUUGAAAUGUAAUAUUUGUGUCAGUGUCUUAGACUCUGUUAAACAUUAAGUUAGAUUGUAUGUUUACACAAGACCAUGUCUUGUGAUACAUGUAUGGAAUGUUUUAUUUGAUGUUAUGUUUAGUCCAUAACGUGCUGUACUCUAGAUCACUGUACAGAUGCAUAUUAAUAUUCAGACAGCAGCAUGCGUAACUUUGACAUUUCUCAGUAGCAGAAUGCUUCACCAAGGGAGGCUUUUGUUAUUUUUUAUUACUAUUGUUAUGACUAUUAUUUCACAAAUGCAAUAAAAAUAAAUGUUCGUAUAGGACUGCAGUGACGUGUCGAAAAUGAUGUACUGUUUGGUGGAAAACUCAGUACACCAUUACAAACGGCUAUUGUAUUUUUUCAUGUUUCAUCUCCACCCGACCUCAUGAUAUUCACAUGAUGUUGUUCUCAUGCAAAUCAUGUGGUUAAUUUGCACUCAUAAUUUUAAUCUGCAUUAAUUCUCACUGUGCUCAUCUAAAAUCAUUGCAUUCAUUUUGUUGGUCAUGCAGUUUUUCAUUGUACUAGAGCAGCAAAAAAAAAAAAAAAAUGAAAAAAUGAAAAAAAAAAAAGCCCUCUACCUGUCUGUGCUUCUGUAAAUGAUUAUGUUUGGGAAAAAAAAUGUAACAGAGUAAUUAUUUUAUGUUGGACAAUUUGCUGCUUGCAGGUCUAUAUUAGAUUCAAAUUACUGCUGAGGUUAGGUUAAACUUUGAAAUGUUUUGUAAAAAGGAGAUAAUAAAGUUUGUUUUUCCCUUGAA